GUAAAGCGCGAGGAAAAAGCCAAGUGAAAACAAAAUAAGAAGAAAGAAAGUGGGUCACUGGUCAGCAAUGGCUUCAAGUCUGUACUAAAAGGCCACUCUCAUUCUCUGUUUUGCUAAGAAGAAAGAAAAUGCUGCUUAGCGAAAAAAGAAAAGAAAGAAAAUGCUACUCAUUCUCAACUCUCAAGUGAAAUACAGAGCGGAGAAAAACCAUCUUUAUAUUAUCUAAUUUAUUUCUCUCGUUUGAGAGCCUCCCUAUUUAGUAUUUCUUUAUCACAUUCAUUUGUAAAUUCCUCUUGUAAAGCUCUCGAAGUCUACAAUUCUUCUCAAGAAAAUAUUCAGGUUCCUACAUCUAUCUUCAAAUUGAAAAUCAGAUGGUGCAAGUCUUGGGUACCGAUUUCGAGAAGUGGAGGUAUCCCGGUGAGCUACAAGUCAAAGCAUUGCACUCUCUUGCUCAUUGAUGUUAUAAUUGGUGAAGGGGGAGAGCCUAAAAACUGGUGACCAACGUAGAAGGGGUGUUUCGUGUUUGAACUGUGAAGUUAAAAAAUGGACCAGGCUGUAGUGGAACUCUUGAUUGACAAUAUCAUUUCAAUCCUUGCAAAUGAAGCAUCGUUGUUAUGGGGGACUCGUGAUGCAAUUGAAGAUAUCAAAGAGGAGUUGAAAAGCAUGCGAUCGUUCUUAGUAGAUGCUGAUAGAAAGGGAGUAGGGAGUGAAGUAGAGAUAACUUUGGUGGCAAAUGUGAGAGACAUGGCGUAUGAUGUCGAAGACAUUAUUGAUAAGUUCAUGUAUCACAUGAAUUACCAACGAAUCAGGGGUCGAUCUUCCUGGAUCCUUCACCACACCAUUUACUUUCCAAAGAAUCUCUGGGUGAGGCAUCAAACAGCCACCAAGAUACAAAAAGUUAAUGGGAAAAUCAAAGGCGUAUACAGAAACCAGAGAUAUGAUAUUAAUCAUAUAGAGGGAACUAGUUCUAAAGAUAAUCAAAAAUGGUUGGUGCAGCAUGCUGAAUCAUCUCUUUUUUUUAAAGAAGACAAACUUGUAGGGAUUGAAAAGAAAAGGCAAGUGUUAAUGAGAUGGUUAAUGGAUGGAGUAGACCGAACUGUCAUUUCGAUAGUUGGAAUGGGAGGUUCAGGCAAAACCACACUAGUUGCCAACACCUACAACAAUGAUGAUGUAAAGAAACAUUUUGACUGUUGUGCGUGGAUCACAAUUUCCCAAGCAUAUGAAUUAGAAGAUUUAUUGAGGAGCAUGGUCAAGAGAUUUUACAAGUCAAUGAAUGAAGUGGAUCCUACAAACUUGACUUCCAUGAAUUACACAGAGUUAGUAGAAAUGCUAGUGGACUACUUAAAGGAGAAAAGGUAUCUACUUGUCUUGGACGAUGUGUGGGAUACAAGUAUCUUGAAUCAAAUAAAGUUGUCAAUUCUUGAUAAUUGUCAUAUGGGCAGAACCAUCCUUACAACACGAAAAGAAAAUGUAGCUAGCUUCAAUUUUGAAGUUACGAAGCACGUCUAUCGUAUUCAACCAUUGGAAGAGGAUGAGGCGUGGGAUCUCUUUUGCAAGAAAGCAUUCUCAAGUAGUUCUAAUAGAUACUAUCCACCUGACCUUGUUUUGUUUGCUCAAGAACUUGUGAGAAAAUGUGACGGCCUACCUCUUGCAAUAGCGGCUUUGGGAAGUCUUAUGUACUCCAAGAAUGAGUCUCAAUGGACUCACAUUUACAAAAGAUUGAAUUGGAGUCUAAAUGACAAUCCUGAGCUAGAAAUGGUGAAGACCAUCUUGUUGCUUAGUUUCAACGAUUUGCCACAUCAACUGAAGCAUUGUUUCUUAUAUUGCUCCCUUUUCCCAGAAGAUUAUGAGAUUCGAAGAAAGAGGCUCAUUAAGCUAUGGAUGGCAGAAGGAUUUGUACAACAAGUUAAAGGGUUCACUCCAGAAGAAGUUGCAGAAAGUUAUCUUGUAGAACUCAUUUUUCGAAGCCUGCUUCAAGUUGUAAACAGGAAUGAAUUUGGAAGGCCAAAAGCAUGUAAAAUGCAUGAUCUUAUGCGUGAUGUUGCUUUGCCAAUAUUAGAGAAACAAUUUUUUGGUGUUAUACAUGAUGGAGGAGAAACGAUGGAAAACUGCAAAGCACGCCACAUGUCAAUUCACAAAACGAAGGUAGAACUACAAUCGUUCAUGGGCAUGUCAAAGCUUCGAUCUUUUCUUGUUUUUAACAACUGCAAAACAUUGCCUUCCGGAAGUAAAAUGUUAAGGGUCCUGGAUUUGCAGGAUGUCCCAAUUGAUGAAUUACCUGAUGAAGUAGUCAACUUCUUUAACUUGAAGUAUUUGAAUUUAAGAGGAACUUUACUUAAGAGGCUCCCAAAUUCCAUAGGGAGGCUCCUAAAUCUUCAAACCUUGGACAUCAGGGACACACAGAUAAUGGCCCUUCCUCGUGGAAUCGGGAAUUUGCAAAACUUGCGGCAUCUAAUUAUGUAUCGAUACACUUGGAAUUGGAAUGAUUUCAGAUAUGUUAAUGGGACAAACGUGCCAUCAAAUAUCAGUAGACUAACGAAUUUGCAGUCAGUGUCCGCUAUUGAAUCAAAUGGUGACUUGAUGCAACAGAUUCGUGGCAUGACCCAACUUACCAGGAUCGGUAUUUCAAAUGUGAAAGAAGCAGAUGAGAUGGACUUAUGUCUCUCAAUUCAAAACAUGAAACUACUGCACUACUUGUUUAUUAUGGCAACUAAUGCGGAGGAAACUCUCCGAAUGGAUUCACUCUCUGCUCCUCCUCCCAUGCUUCGAAUGCUUAUUUUGGUGGGAAAACUAGAAAAGGUGCCACGGUGGUUUCUUUCACUUCAAAGGCUCACAAAUUUGUAUCUACAUUGGUCAAGACUAGAAGAAGAUCUACUUCCUUACAUCGCUGCUUUGCCCCAGCUGGGAGGUCUUAUGCUUGUUAAUGCCUAUGUUGGAAAACAACUAUGUUUCAAUACAGGCUUUCUUAAGCUUACAAGAUUGGGUAUUCAGAAUUUCCCUCAAUUGAAUGAGAUAAUAAUAGAAAAGGGGGUGAUGCCCAAUCUGAAAUACCUAAAUCUUAACAGCUGCAUGGAGUUAAAGACAGUGCCCAUGGGCAUUGAAUACCUUCAAAAUCUCCAGGAACUGAAUUUGCAAUCUAUCUCAAUGGAACUUGAAAAUCGCAUUCGCAACGUGGAUUUUCCAAAGGUGCAGCACAUCCCAAAGAUCUACACUUGGUAGUAAUUCAAAAUGUUUCGCAAAGUGUUGCAAUGCAUCCCAAAGAUCUACAUUUGGUAGUAAUUCGGGAAUGUUUCAUGAAGAAUGAUGCUGAAGAUUAUGAGUUUGCCUUGUUUGCUUCAAAAGGAUUAUAUUUUGUUUGGAGCUCUAAUUCUAAGUAUUGUUUAGGUAUUCUAGUUAUUGUUCAAUAAAUUAAUACUCAAGACUUUGUUUCUUAUUUGCCUGUAAUAAAUGUAAAAGUUUGAACUCCAAGAUGCCUUUGUGGUAGUUUGUUGGAAGAUUGUCACUGGUUCAACUGUGGCUUGUAAUUUGUAUGUAAUUUAGCUUGUGUAAACCAUUAA